AUGUCCACGGUAGCAACCGCAUUGUCCCUAGCCGGUAACCGGACAUCCGGCGCCCCCGUCCGCACACAGAAUGUGAUGGCUGCCAGCGCAAUCGCCAACAUAGUAAAAUCCUCGCUAGGACCGGUCGGGCUGGACAAAAUGCUGGUAGAUGACAUCGGCGAUGUGACGGUUACCAACGACGGUGCAACGAUUCUGAAACUGCUCGAGGUGGAACACCCGGCCGCCAAGGUGCUGUGCGAGCUGGCUCAGCUGCAAGACGCGGAAGUAGGCGAUGGCACCACGUCGGUCGUAAUCAUCGCGGCCGAGCUGCUGAAAAAUGCCGACGAGCUGGUGAAACAGAAAAUCCACCCGACGUCCAUCAUUGCUGGGUACCGUCUGGCGUGCAAGGAAGCCUGCAAAUACAUUUCGGAACACUUGACCGCACCGGUUGACGAUCUGGGGCGCGAAACGUUGGUGAACGUGGCGAAAACAUCGAUGAGCUCAAAGAUUAUCGGUGCCGAUGCGGACUUUUUCGCUGCCAUGGUGGUCGAUGCGGCGCAGGCUGUAAAGAUCCUCGACCCCAAGGGAAACCCGGCGUACCCGAUCAAGGCAGUUAACGUGCUAAAGGCCCACGGUAAAUCCGCCCGCGAGAGUCUCCUGGUGCAGGGUUACGCACUGAACUGCACGAUCGCUUCCCAACAGAUGCCCAAGAAGAUCGUCAACGCGAAGGUCGCCUGUCUAGACUUCUCACUGCAAAAGACGAAGAUGAAGAUGGGCGUGCAAGUGCUGAUUACGGAUCCCGAGAAGCUCGAGGGUAUCCGUGCACGGGAGCUCGACAUCACGAAGGAAAAGAUCGAAAAGAUUCUGGCCACUGGCGUGAAUGUGGUACUGUGUAGCGGUGGUAUCGAUGAUCUCUGCCUGAAGUAUUUCGUCGAGGCCGGUGCUAUGGCCGUACGUCGUGUAACAAAAGCCGAUCUAAAGCGCAUUGCCAAAGCGACCGGUGCAGCCUAUCUUACCUCGCUCACGAACAUGGACGGCGAGGAGAGCUUCGAGGCCAGCUACGUCGGUGAAGCGGCGGAAGUGACACAAGAGUUCGUGUGUGACGACGAGCUGAUCUUGAUCCGUGGCCCGAAAGCCCGCACUGCUGCCUCGAUCAUUCUGCGUGGUCCGAACGAUUUCUACUGCGAUGAGAUGGAGCGCUCCAUCCAUGACGCACUGUGCGUUGCGAAGCGCGUGCUCGAGGGCAAGAAGGUGGUCGCGGGCGGUGGCUGCGUGGAAGCGGCCCUCUCGAUCUAUCUGGAAAACUUUGCCACCUCUCUGAGCUCGCGCGAGCAGUUGGCGAUCGCUGAGUUCGCGAAAUCGCUGCUGGUCAUUCCGAAAACGCUGGCCGUCAACGCGGCCAAGGAUGCGACGGAUUUGGUGGCCAAGCUCCGUGCCUAUCACAACUCUAGCCAAACGGUGGUCGACCACGCGCAGCUGAAGUGGUACGGCCUCGAUCUGAUCGAGGGCGUCGUGAAGGACAACAAGAAGGCGGGCGUGCUUGAGCCGGCGAUGUCGAAAAUCAAAUCGUUGAAGUUCGCAACCGAGGCAGCGAUCACGAUCCUGCGAAUCGACGACAUGAUCACCCUCAAUCCCGAAGAAAAGGGUGGAAAGAACUACGGUGACGCUUGUGCGGCUGGUGAGCUGGAUGGUUAGAAGAGCACCGAUCCUCACGAUCAAUCGACCGCAAUGUCGCCUUCAGCAGCAGCAGCAUCACCAUCAGCAUUGCUACGUACUUUAAGCUUACCUUAACAUAUGUUCAUUUCAAGCCGCGCCAUACUACGGCGAGCGGGGCACUCUUAUUGCACCUCUUCGUUUUCAUCUCCAAGCUACUAACACUCGCCGACGUAUCAUCAUUAUUCACUCGAUCACACUACACCGGUAACCCCUGAGACUCAUGUUACACUUACGAACAAUUAAUGAGUUUCAUAUGUGCGCAUUUUUUCCUUCCUUCUGGGACGGUACAGAA